AUGAUUGCAAAGUUUUUUUGUAUACUCAUUUCAGCCUUUCAAGUAAAGGGCUACUGCUCCACUGGAAAAUGUGAAAAGAUCUCUUUUGAUGAGCAACAAGACGCCUAUCAUGACAAAGAGCUUGUUGGCCAUGUCUUCCACAGUUCUGUCACUUCAAACUCACAGCAGUGCUUUCUGUGGUGUAUCAACGACUGUCGAUGUCUGUCGAUAAACUACAAGGUCAAGGACGACACCAAAUACUGCGAGUUGAACGAAGGCAGCCAUUUUAUCGAAAAGAACUCUCUGAAAAACAUCCACGGAAGCGUUUACUACGUACUGCGGAGAGAAUACUCCACUGAGGUACCAAACUUAAGUGUGUAAUAAAGUAUUUUGAACGCGAAUGGUUUUCAGUCCUCAUCUUGGCAUAAAAGUUCAUUUAUUUUAUGUUUUUAAAUUUCAUAUCGAGGAAGCUUCUACCUGACGAUAGAUUAUACAAAUCUGAAUCCUUUCAAUUAGAGGCACUGUUUUGCAAUGUAAUAUGCUUCCUCAUCCCGUCAAAACUUUCCUUUCUAAUUGAUGGAAAUGUUAUUCCCUAAAGUGUUUAAGAUGAAUGGUUUUCUUUUAAACCUAAAGUAACAGCUGUCAACCAAAACUUUGCAAAACUUCAAUUGAUCAUCGGGAAAAACCAAAAACUAGAAAAUCGAACUGAAAUAAAUAUAUAUUUCUCGAAGUGUGCAUUUCAAGUUCUUCUAUUACUCGGGUAUUGAAGGUAGAGAGAUUUCCUCUUUUAAAUUCCCAUGCCGGAAAGGAGAUGAAUGUUUCGAAUAAUGGAAAAUGAAAAUAAAAUCGAAGUUCAAAACUUCAAAGAAUUUCAGAAACGAAGAAAACUUCAACUUCAGGUACAUUAGCUUCUCACCUGCGAGGAUCAUUUUUUAACUUUCCACUCGUGUUAAAGGAGAAUGCAGUCGUUUUCAGCCGAUCAGAAGCGCGUAACUUCUUUUUCAUAUACAUUUUCAGGCUCUUAACCACAUCAUUCCUUGUGCUGAUGACUUCACGUGUGCCAACGGCUGCUGCAAGAACAAUCCGUGUCUUAAUAGAGGAACCUGUACUGAGAUCUGUCAACCCACAAGUGUUCGGUACAACUGUUCCUGUCCUGUACCGUUUGUUGGAAGACACUGCGAGAUUCAGCAGAAAAGAAGCUGUCAGGAUUACAAAGCAGCCGGAUCCACCGCCUCUGGAUUGUAUACAGUUAACGAUGACAAUAAUCAAACCUUCCAGGUGUUCUGUGAUUUUGACUCAGAGCCUGGGUUCGCUUGGAACCUGAUUGAGUCGUUUAGCCUAUCCAACAAACUUCGUUUUCAGGUAUUUGCUUUCUCUUUAAAUCUUCUCUAAAUAUGUACUACAUGAACGUAGGACGAAAGCGCAUUCAGCAGAAAGAUGUGAAAUACAUUCAAUAUCAUGUUGCUUCCAUGAGUUUUGUUUCAGAAGCGACAGUUUUGACUUCCUCACCAAUUCUACUUCCUCUACAGAAAAACAUCGUGUUUUACGAUGACUACCAAGCCAUCAGCGGUGAUGCCCCAAAUUGGCAGGCCUACCUUAUCAAACGACCCUACCUCCUUUGGCUCAGAGAUCACUCGACUCACUGGAGAGCUACUUGCCGAUACAACACAGAUGGUACCGUAUACACAGAUUACCUGAGAGCCUCGCUUGCAGACUUUGACAUCAUUAAAGACGUACCCACGGUGGUAAACAUCUGUCGACCUUACGAAUACGUCAACAUCCGGGGAAAUGAGUGUGUGAAUUGCACUGCAUUAACAGCGUAUAAAAAAGGCAGUUACCCUCUGCAUGUCGACUCUUAUUAUAUCAGUUUUUCCUGCAAUCUCGACGCAAGCAAGACGGCCGUACAUAGCGAGGACAACUUUGGACACUACGAUUCUACAAAUCCCAAAUUCCGUUGUACCUCAGACUCGAGUGAUACGACUCAGUUCUGGAUCGGAGGCAAAUAG